AUGAAUGAACAACUCCACACUACAUAUACGGGUCAUCAAUGUAAAGAUAAGUUUCGAAAUCUUGUUAAUAGCCAUAAUUCAUUGUGCCGAUAUAUGGCUGGAAAUAGAACAGGUAGAAGAUCUAGAUUCUCUGAGAAAUAUUUUGGUGAGUUUCAUUCUCGUUUUUGGGAAAGACCAGAAAUGCAAUUUGACCAAAUCCAUAAUGCAAAUGCCUCUGCUCGAAGAAGAGAAGAAAGUCGACGUAGCUGUACACCACCACCUUCAUAUGAAGAAGUAUCGUCAAUGCUAGAUCGUCAUGAAGUUUCACUGGUCGAAAUAUUCAGUUUUGACAAUGUUUUACCAAUGAUCUACUCAUGUCAUAGCAGGCAUUCAAUGUCACCUAGUGGGAGAUCUAAUCAAGGUAUUGGCGGAGCCAGCACAGCUGAAACAAAUAGGCAAAAUCCGGAGCCUUGUGCACCAACCUCCACUGAAAAUAAUCCAGAUAAUGAUGGCGUAAAUAAUGAAAUUAACGCUACAGGGAAUAGUGAUAAUAUGACAGUAAAUCUUGCAAAUAGUCAAAAUAACCGAGACUCAUCACGUUAUACAACUCCUCUUGAAAUUCUAACAGAAUUUGAUAUUUCUUAUAAAGCUAUAUUUAGUUUACGUGCUAUUGGGGUUGUAAAAGUGAAUGAUGAGAAACCUCUUAAUUCGGAUCAAAUUAGAAGCAAUAUUAACAAGCUGAAAUCAAAGUUAAAGAAAAAUACUAGCACAUUGUAUCAACAUUUAUUUUCUGCCGUUAGCAAUGUAUCUGUAUCAGACCUAACAUGGAGAGAUCCGUUGGGUAGUCAAGUUAUUUCAGAUGAUUCAAGUAUAGUUAAAAAUCUACCAAAACAUUUGAAAGAAAUAUUUAUGUUUAUCAAUGAGUUUUCUACACGUGACAAUAAUCGGCUUCCAAUAGUACUUAUUCAUGAUGGGGCCUGGAAAGAAACUAAUAUAAAAUUAGCUGAAAUUGCAACAUUCGGACCUGAAGAUGCUGAGAAGUUAAACGAAGGAAUGUAUGUAACUAACAUGAUAGUACCGGCGAUUCAUGCUUCAUUAAAGAAUCUCCCAUAUGGAAAGUCCUGUUAUAUUAGCACAUUUGAAUGUCAAAGCAUUGCUAGCACUGAUAGAAGAGGAGAAGGCCGAUCAGGACGACGACCAGAUAUUAUAUUCGUUAUGAAAAAUAAAGGUAAAAAAUACGAACUCAUGUAUACUGAGUGUUCUCGUUUAUUUUGUACCUUACGAAAAAUAGAAGAUGAUUCUGUGAAACUAUGGCGCGAAACCAAUGACGGGAUGUAUUGGACAUAUAAAAGCUGUAAACCUGAAAAAGACGAGUUUGGAAUAAUUGGAUUGCAAGUUGCAGGAUCUUUAUUGCGUUUAACAGUACUUAUUAGAGAUGUAGCCAACGUGGAUCGUUAUUACCAUUUACAUGAAGCAAGAAUACCUGUACAAUAUUCUGAUUUUCCGGUUGUAGCAAAAUUUAUAGAAACUUUAUUGAUAUUUCGUAAUAUUUUAAUCGUUAACAUGUCAUUAUUACCACACGGGUCCAUGCCUAAAUCUGAAAGACAAAAAGAGGGUAGUUCAACUGUCGAUUCAGAAUAA